ACUUAAUGCUGUGUAGUCAGAUAAGAAAGAGAGUUGUUUUGAGCAACUCUCUCCCUCUUUCUCUUCAAUGGCCUUCUUACAUGGAGCUCCACCAUUCGCUUCUUCCUCUGGCUUCCAAUCUUCACUUCUUCCCUCGUUUAAAUUACAACACCCACUUCUCUUCUCUCCCUCUUUUGCUUCCUCUACUUCUUUUUUCAACUCCAAACGCCUUCACUUCCAUGGCCUUCAUGUUCGUGCUUCUGCAAAUGCUACUGCUUCUGCUGACUCUGGCAAUGGCAAUGGAGCCCUACUAGCUCCAGAGAAGAACCCAGAUGUUACUCCUUAUGGAAGACAGUAUUUCCCUCUAGCUGCCGUUGUUGGUCAAGAUGCCAUUAAAACUGCUCUAUUACUCGGGGCUAUUGACCGUGAAAUUGGAGGAAUUGCUAUCUCUGGAAGGCGAGGAACAGCCAAGACAGUGAUGGCUCGUGGCCUACAUGCAAUUUUGCCACCCAUUGAUGUAGUUGUUGGUUCAAUUUCAAACGCAGAUCCAGCAUGUCCUGAACAGUGGGAAGAUGGUCUAGCUGAACGAGUAGAGUAUGAUUCUGAUGGCAAUAUUAAGACUCAAAUUACCAGGUCUCCUUUUGUUCAGAUUCCACUUGGAGUAACAGAGGACAGACUUAUUGGAUCUGUUGAUGUUGAGGAGUCUGUGAAAACAGGAACCACUGUUUUCCAGCCAGGCCUUCUUGCUGAAGCUCACAGAGGUGUUUUAUAUGUUGAUGAGAUCAAUCUUUUGGAUGAAGGUAUUAGUAAUUUGCUUCUCAAUGUAUUAACUGAAGGAGUUAAUAUCGUGGAAAGAGAGGGAAUCAGCUUUAAACACCCAUGCAAGCCACUUUUGAUUGCUACUUAUAAUCCAGAAGAGGGUUCUGUACGUGAACACUUACUGGACAGGAUUGCCAUCAAUUUGAGUGCAGACCUUCCAAUGAGUUUUGAUGAUCGUGUUGCAGCUGUUGGAGUUGCAACACAAUUUCAGGAAUACAGUAACGAAGUUUACAAGAUGGUGGAGGAAGAAACAGACUAUGCAAAAACUCAGAUCAUUUUGGCAAGGGAGUAUCUUAAAGAUGUUACAAUCAGCCGAGAACAAUUAAAGUACCUUGUUAUGGAAGCCCUUCGAGGUGGCUGCCAGGGACACAGAGCUGAGUUAUAUGCUGCCCGUGUUGCAAAAUGUAUUGCUGCUCUGGAAGGACGUGAAAAAGUGAAUGUUGAUGACCUGAAAAAAGCUGUAGAACUUGUCAUUCUUCCUCGUUCAGUCAUCAAUGAGAACCCAGCAGACCAGCAAAAUCAGCAGCCUCCCCCACCACCACCUCCACAAAACCAAGAAUCUGGGGAAGAACAGGAUGAGGAAGAUGAAGAUGAAGAUGAAGAGGAUGAGAAUGAUGAGGAGAACGAACAGCAGCAGGAACAAAUACCCGAAGAGUUUAUUUUUGACGCAGAAGGAGGUUUAGUGGAUGAGAAACUUCUCUUCUUUGCACAACAAGCACAGAGAAAGCGAGGGAAGGCUGGUAGAGCAAAGAAUGUUAUAUUUUCAGAAGAUAGGGGCCGAUAUAUCAAGCCAAUGCUUCCAAAGGGCCCUGUAAAGAGAUUAGCUGUUGAUGCGACCCUUAGAGCAGCUGCACCAUAUCAGAAGUUGCGUAGGGAAAGGAGCCAAAGCAGUAGGAAAGUUUUUGUGGAGAAAACUGACAUGAGGGCAAAGAGAAUGGCACGGAAAGCAGGAGCAUUGGUUAUAUUUGUAGUUGAUGCAAGUGGCAGCAUGGCAUUGAACCGAAUGCAGAAUGCAAAAGGUGCAGCACUCAAGUUACUAGCAGAAAGUUAUACAAGCAGGGAUCAGGUUUCUAUUAUUCCUUUCCGUGGAGACUCUGCAGACGUUCUCCUUCCUCCUUCUAGGUCAAUUGCAAUGGCAAGAAAACGUCUUGAAAGACUUCCAUGUGGUGGAGGUUCUCCCCUUGCUCAUGGUCUCACUACGGCUGUCAGGGUUGGGCUAAAUGCAGAGAAGAGUGGUGAUGUUGGUCGUAUAAUGAUUGUUGCAAUAACAGAUGGUAGAGCCAAUAUAUCACUUAAAAGAUCCACCGACCCCGAAGCUACUACUGCUGAUACACCAAGGCCUUCGUCGCAGGAGUUGAAGGAUGAGAUUCUUGAAGUUGCGGGCAAAAUAUACAAAGCAGGGAUGUCUCUCCUCGUCAUUGACACGGAAAAUAAGUUUGUCUCAACUGGUUUUGCCAAGGAAAUUGCUAGAGUUGCACAAGGAAAAUAUUAUUACUUACCAAAUGCUUCAGAUGCAGUUAUCUCAGCUACAACAAAGGAGGCUUUAUCAGCCAUAAAAAACUCAUGAAACAUUUACAUUUUGUUUUUCUUUUCUUUUUGCUCUUCUUUCCAGAAAAUGGCUUAAAUUUUUUUACCAUCAAAGCAUAUUUCUUUAAGCUAUAUAUAUAUAUAUAUAUAUUAGCUUAUCCUGCGUGUAAGUUAUAAUCUGAAAAUAAUUAAAAUGCAAACUUUUUUA